AUGAAACGUGAUCUAGUGCUCGCGCACAAUUCUGUCCAAACCAACGAGACGAGCGCACGUCGAAAAGCUGAUGAUGCCAGUGCGUGUAGCUCCUCCGCCGCUUCGACGGGUAGCGACAACUAUGACGUGUUCUUGAGCUUCAGUGGUAAGGAUACUCGCAAAACCUUCGCGGAUCACCUCUACAAUGGCCUUGUCGAUGCCGGAAUCCACGUGUUCAGAGAUAACAAUGAGCUUCGCGAAGGUGAGAAGAUCGGCACCAACCUUCUCCAGGCCAUUAAAAAUAGUAAAAUCUCGAUCUCGAUUCUCUCUCAAAACUAUGCUUCGAGCAAAUGGUGUCUGCAAGAGCUCGUUGAGAUGACGAAGUGCAUCAAAAGCGGGCACGUUGUCUUGCCCAUAUUUUACCAUGUUGAACCGACCGAUGUGCGAAACCAAAAAGGGAGCUUUGGAGAGGCUUUCUCCUGUUUAAGUAGGAAGUAUUGGGAGGACGUUGAGAAAUGGAAAGUAGCACUUCAAGAAGUAGCUUCCCUAAAGGGAUGGGAAUCGGAGAAAACUGCUGACGGCCAUGAAGGAGAAUUGGUGAAAGUGGUCAUCAAAAAAGUUUUGAGUGAGUUAAAGAAGGCUUUUCAGCUAGUUGUUACCGAGCAACUUGUCGGAAUCAAUAAUGUUGUGGAGAAAAUUUUGAGAUUGUUGGAUGAUAACCCUAGUGCUACCCAAAUUGUUGGUAUAUAUGGAAUGGGGGGCAUCGGUAAGACAACUUUAGCCAAGGUCGUCCACAAUAAGCUCUCCGACCAAUUUCAGUAUAGUAGUUUUAUCACAAAUAUUCGAGAAUCGUCGCGAUGCAAUGGCAUUUUUAACUUGCAGAAUCAAUUAAUAUUUGAUCUGAAAGGGAGAGACCAAGUGUCUAAUAUGGAUGACGGAAUUAGAAUUUUGGAAUCUAGAUUUAAACUUAAGAAAGUCCUAAUUCUUCUAGAUGAUGUGGAUGAUCAUGAACAGAUCAAAGCUUUUGUUGGGAAACAUGGCUGGUUUGAGAUGGGAAGUAAGAUAAUAAUUACCACAAGGAUAAGGACUGUUCUUGAUGAUGGGGUGAACUGCAAGUACGAACUCCAGGAAAUUGCUAAGGAUAAGUCCUUGAUCUUGUUUAGUAGACAUGCUUUUAGGAGGGACUUUCCUCCAUGUGAAUUUGCAUCUCUCUCUCAUGAUGUCGUGUCCACUACUGGAGGGCUCCCCUUAGCCCUUGAGGUUAUAGGUUCGUCUCUGUGUGGGCAGAACCAAGGAUUUUGGCAAGACACCUUAAAGAAGUUGCAGAAAGUACCACAUAAGAAAGUGCGAGAUAAGUUGAUGAUAAGUUAUGACGCAUUAGAAAAGGAGGACAAGCAGAUAUUUUUGGAUAUUGCUUGCUUCUUCAUUGGAGAUGAUUUAAGAUACGCAUUCUACAUGUGGGAUGCUUGUAAUUUUUUUUCCAAAAAUGGGGAUUGA